AUGGUUUCAUCCACGAAGAAUCCGGAGCCUAAGGUAGCAGUGAAGGCUGAGCUUCAUGGGGACGUGGGAGCCAUUAGCCGGACCCGUAAGUCGACUAAGGGGAAGCAACGCCCUACCUACCGUCGUCGUGUCAAGCCCCCGUACUCGUAUGCUGAGCUGAUCACCAUGGCCAUCAAGUCCUCCCGCGAAGGUAUGAUGACUCUACGAGAGAUCGUGGACCACAUGUCCAGUUCCUACGAGUGUUUCCGCGGCACCUACAUCGGCUGGAAGAACAGCGUUCGUCACAACCUCUCCGCCAACGACAGUUUCGUCAAGGUACUCCGGAACACCCAGAGACCGUACGGGAAGGACAACUUCUGGACAGUUCGAUGCCCGAACUGCAUGACUGGUUCAGACCACGAAGCUCCAUGUUCAGACUGCGAGCAUCCCACCGACAGCGCAUCAUCAUCACCCCCGGGAACUUCACCGCCACACCCGGCGGGCUACGACACCCCGUCACCGGCACGGUCAUCCCCAGACCCAUCUACUACUGGCGACUGCCCCGUCUUCCGCUCCGCUGAAGUACCCCAUUGGCCUAGCCCGACACCGGGAUGCACGCCGAAGAUGGAGCCCCUCGUCUCCCACCAUAUGGACAGCCAGAACUUCGAUGAUUGGACCCAGCUAGAUGGUCUCUUCAGACCUGAUACAGACUUCGAUCUGGCCCUCUAUAAAGAUGGACUGGACUUUGCCGAUUCCCAUCAGGCGUUUGAGUCCAUCCCGGUUACACCCCACCACCAGCAGAGUCCAGACCUACCCCAUCAUCCAUUCAUCAAGACCGAGCCAUCGAGUCCCCAACCCUGCUCAUCACCCGAUGUCCAUCCCUUCAACAACCACCACGACGCCGGGGCAAACGUCUACCAACGCGGCAUCCCAUCUCUUCACAUGACCCACUUCCCGUACUUCCAAACCAGGGAGAGAAGCUUCAAGAAGUCCGAGUGUCGCAUCAGUGGGAACUUAUCGUCACGCAGCGCCAGGCCCCAGAGGUCCGGCGGUGUGGCCGGCCACUGCUUCAGGGAGGCUACCGGGAGGCAGCCACGAGGAGACGGCUUCGGUCUUGGGUCCAUUGUCGCCUCGGCCAUCCGUGGGAGUCUGAGCUUGGAUUUGGACGAGUCGGCCCUUCAGGCUAUCGAGAGAUCGGUGCGACUUCUUGACCAACCAAGAUCCACCGAUUUCUUUUAUGUCUCACCCGCUGAACUGUCCACGAAGUGUGACUAUAGUUUUUAG